AUGAUAUCCAACAUUUGGGAAGAAUUAUGCAAACUAACCCUUCUGUCACCGAGGGCAGAAUCCAAUUUAUUUGCCACAUGAGUUGAGUCUUUGGGUGAUUUGGGAAAAUUAGUUGUUUAAAGGACUACAUUUGUUUUUAGUCAUCUAAUUGUCUAAGGCUGAUUAGCUAAUAGUUUCAUAUGUUACUUAAAGGUUAACAUACUUUGCCACCUGCAACAUGAUCAACUUAAAGCAGUUUUCCAUGUCUCUCAGAAGAUCAGGAGGGCAGUGAUUCUGGCAAAACAAUUCUAUUUCAAUUAUACUACUCCAAAUAGAACGCAGCAAGAUAUGUUAGGAACCAUGACUCCUCUCCCCACUGAUCACUGGCCUUUUGCAAGCAAGGGGGAUGGGAAAGGUGCAUGUGUUCACAGUCCUCGUACUCCUCAGGCUCCCAAGCAUGGUCCCAAGCCCCCAUCUCGGCUCAAGUUUAUAGAGAUGGAGCAAAUUGCAGCUGUUCUUUUCCAGGAAUCUGCAUUUCCUUCAAGGUGUUUGGUGCCAUCUGUUAUACCAAAACCGCUUUGCAAGCCCUUGGGUUCUAAUAGAGUUCUAUUUUAUGAGGAUGAAUUAUGCCAGGCUGUUUCUCAGAAUAA